ACUGGACUAACCUGCCAGGCAGAUUCCAGUAAUUUUCCGUCUGCCUUAAUUCUCUGGUUCAUCAAUGGUUCUUUGUUAGCUCUGCUCUUCUCUGAUCCUCUCUUCCAGGAAUGACCCCCCGUUCGCCGGCCAGCCUCCUGGAGUCGACCGCGCUCCCAUCAUGCCGAGCGGCGUUAGCGGACGAGUGCUCCAUCUGCUACGAGAACGCGGUGGACGCGGUGAUCUACGCCUGCGGACACAUGUGUCUCUGCUACUCCUGCGGCCUCCGGCUCAAGAGGACGAGCAACGCCUGCUGCCCCAUCUGCAGGAGAGAGAUCCGCGACGUCAUCAGGACCUACCGCAGCACCUAAGGGUGCUGGGGGGGGGCGGGAACCAAGACCUACCGCAGCACCUGAACCGGAAAUCAUCAAGACCUACCGCAGCACCUAAGGGUGCUGGGGGGGGGGGCGGGAACUAAGACCUACCGCAGCACCUAAAGGCUGAUUCUGGUUCUGCGUUAAAUUGACGCCGAGCCUGCGCUGCGCCCCCCCCCCCCCCCCCCACGCCUGACGAACCUCCCACAAACUGUAACGACACGUCGAGAGGUCACAGACCAACGCGGACCGAGAGGCUGUGAUUGGUUCUCUUGGUAGCAACACAUUUCUGGUUCCGGUUUGAAGCAGUCGUGAACUUUCAGCUUCUUUUCUUCGUGUAUGUGUGAUUUUCUUUGUUUUGUUUUUUGCACAAUAGUUGUCCUUAUCUCUUUGAUUCACUGUGACGGGAAAAGUCGGAUAAACCAUUCAGGAAAAGAUCGUACCCCCCUAGCGGUCUGUGGGUUUAUUGCACCGCGGAGAAAUGGAGUGUUGGAGAAGUCCGGAGGGUUCACGCCGGCGUCACGGCAACGGCGUCACGACGUCACGGUAACGGCGUGACAGCACCAUAAUCCAGCCUUAAGGGUGCUGGUUGGGUUCUCCUCCAGGUCAGGGAGGUCAGAGUUCAGGAACUCUGGCGGGGCUAGCUGCCGUGGGCGGGGCCAGCUGCUGUGGGCGGGGCCAGCUGCUGU